AUGGCGCAAAGGUACGAUGAACUGGCCCACUACGGUGGUGGAAUGGAGGGAGUUGGAGUCCCGACGUCAAUGUAUGACCCGCACGCCCCACGGCCUCUACCUCAGGUCCACCACUUGAACCACGGGCCCCCGCCUCACGCCAACCAGCACUAUGGAGCCCACGCACCGCACAGUAUUAUGCCCAGCAGCAUGGGAUCCGCAGUCAACGACGCCCUGAAAAGGGACAAAGACCAAAUAUAUGGCCAUCCGCUAUUUCCACUGCUCGCGCUUGUGUUUGAGAAAUGCGAGCUGGCCACAUGCACGCCGAGGGAGCCCGGGGUGGCAGGCGGCGACGUAUGCUCCUCGGACUCUUUCAACGAGGAUAUCGCCGUCUUUGCCAAACAGAUACGUGCAGAAAAACCACUAUUUUCGUCGAAUCCAGAGUUAGACAACUUGAUGAUUCAAUCGAUACAAGUGCUUCGAUUUCAUCUCCUGGAAUUGGAGAAGGUGCAUGAACUUUGUGACAACUUCUGCCAUCGGUACAUAAGUUGCUUAAAAGGAAAAAUGCCAAUUGACCUCGUAAUUGACGAUCGGGAUGGAUGCAAAUCUGAUUUUGACGACCUAUCAGGAUCCUCUACAAAUCUCGCAGAUCAUAACCCCGCGACUUGGAGGGAUCUGGAUGACGCACACUCCACGCCAUCCGUGGGGACGCCAGGGCCUUCAAGUGGGGGACAUGCGUCCCAGAGUGGGGACAACAGCAGCGAACUCGGAGAUGGCCUGGAGAACAGCCUGGCGUCCCCUGGCACGGGCGACGAGGAUGACCAGGACAAGAAGCGGCAGAAGAAGAGGGGCAUCUUCCCCAAGGUGGCCACCAACAUCAUGCGCGCCUGGCUCUUCCAGCACCUCACGCACCCGUACCCCUCAGAAGAGCAGAAGAAGCAGCUUGCUCAGGACACUGGCCUCACCAUCUUGCAAGUGAAUAACUGGUUCAUCAAUGCCAGAAGAAGAAUAGUCCAGCCAAUGAUUGACCAGUCCAAUAGAGCAGUGAGCCAGGGGGCAGGCUACAGUCCUGACGGCCAGCCCAUGGGGGGCUACGUCCUGGAUGGACAGCAGCACAUGGGCAUUCGACCAGGUAGUCCAAUGGGUGCCAUGGGUAUGAACAUGGGGAUGGAUGGGCAGUGGCAUUACAUGUAA